CAGGAGCCUAAAUAGACAAUAAAUUAAUUAAUCGUCGUAGGAAAGGGCAGGGAAUCUUGCACUUACUCUCGUCAGACAUCACAUCAGAGACCUCUCCCCGAGUUAGGGAAGAUGAAUCGAGGUCGUCGUGGAGCCCUAAACCGGGGCAACUAUGUCAAUAGACCUGGACCAGGCCCAGGCCGCGGCGGCGGGAGCCGCAGAGGAGGCCCGUCACCGUAUCGGGGUCACGAUCCUGCUGGAGGUGGGGACUCUACUUCUAAGGUAACCAUUGGUAAUAAACUUGAAGUAUCCCAUCAUGGAAGGGAAACCUCGGGAAAUUUGUCAAAGGGUAGUAUUUCAGAAACAUUAGAUCACCGGAGGCAGGAUCUCAAGCAGUCUAGUACCAAAGAGAUGUCUCCUGAUCUAGAAAAGCUUGAACUGGUGGAGGAUUUGCGGCAUUUGCCAAAGGAAGUGGGUUUUAGUUCAAGACAACUGGACUGUUUGUCUCCUCCUGCUUCCGCAUCUGCAUCUGCAAAGGGCUUUUCUUUAUCAUCUGCUCAGUCUGAUGUAAGGAACAAAGGUUUUAGUACAUGGAGAGCACCAGGUUUUAGUUCAAGACAACUGGACUGUUUGUGUCCUCCUGCUUCUGCAUCUGCAUCUGCAAAGGGCUUUUCUUCAUCAUCUGCUCAGUCUGAUGUAAGGAACAAAGGUUUUAGUACAUGGAGAGCACCAAAUCGGAAAUUGUUGAGUGCCGAAAGGGGAAGCUGCAAUUCUUUAGCAUCCGAUAGCCCACCUGUUCUUAAUAAUGUGUGUGUGCUGGAUAAGCCUCCUCCUGCCGGAUCCCUAAGCGAGAAAACUCUACAUGAGAAGACAGCAGGUAGUGGCCAUUCAGAGAAUUCUAAGUCUCUGGCUGGUGUAGUUCCCUUUGAAAUCUGUCCUGUCAGAAGUCGAACAGGUGUCACACUGAAGGCCCCCCUACAUGUACAGAAUAAAAUAAAGAGGAAUGAAGCUAAGCGCACCCAGGGAGGGGCAGAGAUAAUUGUAUUAAGGUCUGGGAUGCUUCUUCUCAGGAGAUACAUUUCUUUCAAUGAUCAGGUUAAAAUAGUCAAGGCAUGCCGAAAUCUUGGCCUUGGUUCUGGAGGUUUCUACGAGCCUGCUUAUAGGGAUGGAGGAAAGUUGCAUCUAAAGAUGAUGUGUCUUGGUAAAAAUUGGGACCCUGAGACCUGUCAAUAUGGAGAUCAACGACCAAUUGAUGAAGCUAAACCACCCGUGAUUCCUACUGAAUUUUGUCAGCUGGUGACUGGAGCAAUUCAAGCUUCCCAUUCCUAUUUGAGAGAACAUACCGCUGUGCGUGGUGUAGAAGAAGUACUUCCUUCAGUAUCACCAAACAUCUGCAUUGUCAACUUUUACACAAAGACUGGCCGGCUGGGUCUCCAUCAGGAUAAAGAUGAAAGCCAAUCCAGUCUGAACCGACAACUGCCUGUAGUCUCCUUCUCCAUAGGUGACUCUGCAGAAUUCUUGUAUGGUGAUCAGAGGGAUACUGACAAGGCUGAUAAGGUCACACUGGAAUCAGGAGAUGUCUUAAUAUUUGGUGGGAAAUCUAGACUGAUAUAUCACGGUGUGGCAGCCAUUUUUCCAGACACUGCUCCUAAGGCCUUACUGGAUGAAACAAACCUGAUCCCUGGCCGUCUGAAUCUGACAUUCCGGGAGUAUUAGUUGAUAUUAUGAGUGCGUAAAAACCCCAUCCUUCUGAUUCCUUUGAAUUCGGAAGUAACGUGGAUGCCAUCGUUUGAAAGUGCUGCGGGAAAUGAAGAUGGACAAACUGAGAAUUCUUGGCAGCUGCUAGGUGGAUUUUGAGAAAACUUUAUACCUACUGUAUGGAUACUAUGGGGUUGUCUCAGAAAGUUGUGUAAAUAUUAGUAGCUAGCUUGCCUCUCUUAUGGAAAUAGAUUCCUGAUUAUCAUGCGAGUAGAAAGAAAUGGAAUCCCGUGUCUGGAAUAUUUUUGCUAGUAGCAUUAGAAUUUGCAGAUGAAUCUCAGUUUGUGUUGCAGGAACAUUGCAUUAUCAAACAGGAUAUUGUCCUAAAAUCACUUUAUUAUUAUUAUAGCCA